AUGGUGUGGCGGGGGACUCUUGUGCGCACUGCAGACGUGGGCGUGGAUGUUUGCGUGAUACGCAAGGCCGGGGCAGGAUCUUCAUCCGACAUCGGACGAUGGGAGACCUCAACACGAGUCCACGCAUGUCCCGAGCAGGAGCAGCACCGCACGUCGCAGCGUCAGUACCUCCUUUACGGCCCUACCGGUAUGGCCAUAGUCUCCCUUGGACGAGAUAACAACCGAUACUAUGCCAGGAGGCCACGGAACGUCAACAGCGCCAGUAUACACGCACACUUUUGUGUAAAGAGUACGGCUCUAGUGGGGUGUGCCCGCGAGAAUAGGACGUAG